GAAAAACAAAGGGUGAAAGAAAGACCGAAAAGCAACGCAAAACUCCUUAAGAAGCCCUACUUAUCCUGGAAAACCAAGAAAAAAACCCAAAACAGAGGUUUUAUUUGUACGGAAAAAUUGUUCUUAAUAAUAUAUAAACACAAUGGGAGCCUGUUUUUCCUGCUGCGGCGAAAGUGCCGAAGAAACCAACUUAAUGCCAUCGCCUGAGGAACGCCGCCAGCAACAGUUGGAUGCGGCUGAAAAACGUCGCCAAGAAAAUGAAAGUCGGGGCAUUAAAAAUCCGGAGAGCGUAAGGCGCCAGCAGCAAAAAGCGGAGGAACUUCAGCGUCGGGAAGAGGAGGCCGCCCGCCAAGGACAAGGACAAUCCAACCUAAGGUGGCAAACGAGCUAAAAGGAGGCGAUCCCCAUCCUAGUAUUGCUUAUGAAGCAUAUCUACCUAUUUCUCCCUUGUUAACUGUCCAGGCCUCUUUGUACUGCUCCGUAUUUGUACUGUCUAUAUACACCCAGUAUUCCGAUCUUUAUAUCCACCAUCGUCGAGAACUUUUAGCUGGCGACCAAAAUGUAAAACCAAAAACAAAAUGAAAACCAAAUUUGUUAUCAGUGAUUAGUAAAUUCUAAAGAAAACUUCUUACACGAAAUAGUUUGACUGAAUCCCGAGAAUUAUUUAUAUUCCUAAAUGGUUAAAGUUCUUUUUGUCAUUCCUGUUUUAAAAACAUUACUAUUAUGUCGUACGUAGCACAUAAAUCUGAAAAUAAACUUGUUUUACAUAUCAAAA